AUUCAGUUCCUUUGUGGCCGCGGUCGAGCUCAGCUCAGUACGGUCUCCGUUAACUGUUUCCGUUGACUAGGCGCGGGACUUUACCGAGUUUGGUGAUCGCAUCCAAACUACUUCCGGGAAAAGAUAACUAGCGUUAAGAAGAAUCACCGUUUUUUUUUUCCAGAGUGAAUCAGUGCCGGGUAAUAGUGAACGACAACAGGAAUUGGUUGUCAACUCGCUAACUAACUGUAUCGUCCGAAAUAAACACCGAGUGGGUGGUGAUUAGGGUUGUGCGAAAAACCAAAACAUACGCCACUGUGAAAACAUCAACAUGGGAGCAGAGGGUGAAACACCGAUGAAGGCAAGCGCCGAAGAGAUUGGAACUAACCCCGUCGCUAUGGAGGACCUCUCCAAGUGGGACAAAUUCUGCAUGCGACGUGGGAUCAAUCCGAAUUUGAUCAUGCUGAAAGUUACGCUGUUUGUCAUGUAUGGAGCAACAUCGUCGCUGCUGCCGUAUUUAACCAUCCACAUGCAAAGUACCGGACUGACGGUGGAGGAAAUUGCAAUCAUCUACCUGGCGCUCCCAUUCACUACUUUUCUAAGCCCGCCGAUCACAGGUUUCCUGGUGGACAAGUUCGGUCGCUACAAGCCGGUGGUGAUUAUGAGUCUGCUGUUAAAUGCAUUAUUUCACCACUCGUUGAUGUUGAUCCCGCAGCAGGAAAUUCCCGGCAAGCUACCGGAAGCAUACGUAAUGAGACAUCCGGAGACGGGCAAUGUCGAGGUUUGGUGGUCCCCCUGUCCGAGCCGUGAGUGUCCGGAGGAGGAAGAAAUUGACAUCGUUGUGGAUCAGUGUUUGGAUCACUGUUUGUUGUUUGAACAGAAUCCCAAAAUCGAGAUUGUUCCUCCGCCUACUUUCUCGCCUAUUUUGGCACCCGUAGACGUGGGCGAGAAGGACGAUCUGGAGUUGAUAGUGAAAAAGAAGACCAACCUGAAAAACAUAUCGCUGGAAGUGGUUAGCAGUUCCACCUACAGCCCCAGCACAACGGAAGCGUUCCUAGAUAGACAGAUACUUAUACAUGAGCCCGAUUCGGACGAGAACGAGGAAAGUUGGGUCAUAGCGGGAAGCGGUGAUUCGGCUUUCUUCGUGCUGGACAUGCAUCCGGACUUGGGAGAACCCAUCGAACAGCUUGGUAUGGAGAUUGAACAUGACGACAAUGAGACGGUUACCGAUUUCAAGACUCGAUUUGGUGUGAAGUUACUUUGGAAACAAGGAGUCAACGUCACCGCACUGGAAGAGGAAGACCUUCGGUGCGGAGGCUUGGUGCUCUCGUCCAACAUGACCCUGAACAGCAAUCAAAGAUUGAGUGAGCUGGCAGCGGAUUGCAUGGUGCAGCGAUGUCACUUCCGAAAGAAUGGACCGGACAUUUGUCCUCCGGACUACAAGGAAAGUGAUGAUAAAAUAUUUUGGGUGUAUUUCGGGCUCCGCUUCCUGGCGACUACGAUGCUUUCUGCCGGUGUAACGAUCAUGGAUCCGAUUGCGCUUACUAUGAUCGAAAAGUAUGGCGGCGAUUUCGGGCGGGAAAGAUUAUUCUCUAGCAUCGGAAUGGCUAUUUUCUCUCCCAUCACCGGGAUUAUGAUUGAUUUCUUCUCUAAGGAUCUUGGUUACACCGAUUACUCGGCGGCUUUCUAUACGUACGAUAUAUUGUUGGUCAUAUCUUCGAUAUCUGUGUUCUUGAUGCCACUGGGAGAGAAACUACCGGCUGAUAAUGUAUUCAAAGAUUUGUGGAAUUUGCUGAAGCUGAAACACGUAAUCAUAUUCAUUUGGUUUUUGUUCCUGUUGGGCAAUUUCUGGGGUUUCAUCGAAAGUUUCCUCUUUCUGUAUCUCAAAGAACUCGGCGCUCCCAACUAUCUGCUGGGCAUCACAAUCACCGUUGGAACGGUGAGCAGCAUUCCAUUCCUUUACGGAGCUGGUCGCAUUACCAAAGUGGUCGGUCAUGUUAAUCUGAUAGUGAUUGCUUUCGUCGCUCACGCGUGCCGUUUGGUGGGAUAUUCACUGAUUGAAAAUGCUUGGUGGUGCUUUCCCUUUGAGGCCAUGGAGGCACUGUCCUGUCAUCUGAUGUGGGUCGCUGCAGCAACCUACUGUUCACUGUUGGCACCGAAAAAUUUACUGGCUACUUUGAUCGGUGUUCUCGGAAUGGCACAUUUCAGCUUAGGACGAGGAAGCGGAUCAUUCUUCGGUGGAUUUUUGAUUGGAGAGGUCGGCACCAGAGACGCGUUCCGUUAUAUGGGUCUAGUGGCGGUCGCCGGUGGUCUGGCGUACAAGUUCAUUCACGCCAUCUGGUUGAGAAAGUACGACAAUCCGGAAAUCGAGGAGGAUGCGGAAAAUGGCGAAACAGAUAAGCUGACGGAGAACAAAGAUGCCGAAGAACCGAAAACCAAAGAUCAGGGCACCUCGAUGUCCCAGGAGCGUCUUUCCCUGAUGAUCAAAUACAACCAAAUUGGUUCGCUAACGUCACUGCCGAGAGGCUCUCGGGGCGACGUCAACGAUUCCCUUUCCAGAAGACGCAGCAGUUAUAACAUCGAGUUCGUUCGUGUGCCCAAAGGCGGUGGCAGCGCUUCGAAGGUGGAUUUGUUGAAGUCGGCACUGGAAAUCAAUCACAAGGUAUCGCAUACAUAUCUUCGGAAGGACGGCAAAGAAUCCGACCAAUCGCUCAACUCAAAACGGGCUGACAGCGCUCCGAAGCUGAAUCCUUCCAAGAACAUUUCCCAACCGACCCUCAGCGUUGUGACCGACGAGAUUGGAGCCCCGUCAAUUUUAAGCCGGCAUCGAAAGAAGCAUCAUCAGAGUGGUAUUCUGGUUAUAAAGGUCACCAACCAGGACGGUGAGGUUGACUUAAGGAACUUCCUACGGGAAACAGACCGCCGUGACUCAAUGACGGAAGCAGAUCUGGAUCACUACAAAGCGGAACUGGCCGUGCAGGCGAGGACCCAUGUGCUGAACGACAUUCCGGAACGUCCGGUGGAUCCAAGUGACAUGGUGGGAUUCGGUUCUGCUGUUUCCCCAGCGGCCCCGAUCAGUGUAGCUCGACCGGAGACCAGUACCGUUCCGAGGGACGAAACCAACGCAGAAGCCAACCCAGAAACCAGUAUAGGCAAUAAUCAGAUCAGUAAAAACGAAACAUGAUAACUUGGCUGCAGUUGCAGUUGUGGUAGUGUUUGGUAUUGACUCAAAGUCAAUGCUGUGUGUAUCCAUUUAGAUCAAAGCUGAUUGUGAAUUAUUUCUGUUUUGCAUUUUGUUGUUGCAAGGAUGUUUAUUAAACUCGUUACAAAGGCUACAAGUUUUACGUUAGCAAAUAAA